AUGGGGGGCGACGGCGAGGCGGAGAAGCAGACGCUGGUGGAGGCCGCCCUGGAGGUCUUGAACACGCCCGAUCCGUUCGAGAAGGCCCGCCUUGGCGAAGCCGUGGCCGCCCGCUGGCUGCUGGACGACAUCUCGGUCCCCUAUCGCAAUGAUGGCCCUCCCCCUCUCGUCCCUGAUCGACCGGCCCGUCUCUCGAGUGUAAUUGGCACUGGGACUCUGCUCGAUUUCCGUGUGAAAAAGGUGAAACUGGUGUCGCCGAGCAUGAUGCCGAAGCUGGGCAAAGCCGGGAGUUUGCAGAGCCGGCAGGCCAUCCUACAUAGCCUUGCCCACACUGAGAGCUGGGCCAUUGACCUUUCCUGGGACAUCAUUGCUCGUUUUGGGAGGCAGGAGGCAAUGCCCAGGGAAUUCUUCACCGACUUUGUGAGGGUGGCCCAGGACGAAGGUCGGCACUUCACACUCCUUGCCGCAAGGCUGGAGGAGGUGGGGUCACACUAUGGGGCUCUCCCUGCCCACGACGGCCUCUGGGACUCUGCAUUGCAGACCUCCAAAAGCCUGUUGGCACGACUCGCCGUGGAGCACUGCGUCCAUGAGGCUAGGGGGCUAGAUGUACUUCCCACCACCAUCUCCCGUUUCCGGAAUGGAGGGGAUGAACAAACAGCAAAUCUGUUGGAAAGGGUUGUGUAUCCAGAAGAGAUUACACACUGUGCUGCUGGUGUCAAAUGGUUUACAUAUCUGUGCCUUCGGACACCUAAUGAGCAUCAUGGUGCAGCGCUAAUUCAUGACAGCACUGGAUCUGCACAACCUUUGGAGGGAGAAAGUAUCCCAAAUCAGCAUGAGCAAUAUGCCAUGGCCAACAGGAGAUGGUAA